AUAUGUUAUGUAUAAAAGCUUCAUACGCAACCUCUCUCUCCAUUAUUUCCAGAUUCAAUUUUCUGCACAAUCUGUUCACCUCAGUUAGUAAGUAAGACGACUUACAGUUUUUUGCAGAAUCCAUUAUUCCUCUGCUUUGUCGUGCAAUUCAAUUCCAUACUUUUUGGGAAAGAUGUUGGUCAGUGGUUUUGGUGAAGGAGAAAAGGAAGCUUUUGAUUCUUGCAAUAAUAAGGUUAAGGUUGACCCGGGGAAACCUGCAUCAUUGACAUGGCAGCGAAAAAUAAAUAGCGAGGCAAAAGCAGUUUCAGAGUUCAGUCUGACCUGGAAAGAUAUUAUUGAUAUGGCUCCAUUAGGUUAUCGGCUUUGGCGACAUUCCCAAGAAGAAGCCGCCAAGGGAAAGGUGGCAUUUAUCGACCUUUUUAGGAAGCGCUUUGUCACAUCUUGUCAUGGUGUUCCCCUAGGUGGUAUCGGUGCAGGAAGCAUCGGAAGAAGUUACAAAGGCGAAUUUAUGCGUUGGCAGCUAUUCCCUAGAAUAAUUGAAGAGGAACCAAUUUUAGCAAAUCAAUUUUCUGUUUUUGUUUCUCGGCCAACUGGUGAAAAGUAUUCUACUGUGCUAUGCCCGGGGAGCCCAGAAGUGUUAAAAGAGAGUUCAACUUCGGGGAUUGGAUCUUGGGACUGGAAUCUGAAUGGGUGUAAUUCCACAUAUCAUGCAUUGUUCCCAAGGGCUUGGACUGUAUAUGAGGGAGAACCUGAUCCAGAACUUCAAAUAGUUUGUCGUCAAAUUUCCCCUUUUAUUCCCCAUAACUAUAAGGAGAGCAGCUUCCCUGUAACAGUAUUUACUUUUACGCUGUUUAACACUGGAAAGACUUCAGCAGAUGUCACCUUGCUCUUCACAUGGGCAAAUUCUGUUGGUGGGGUUUCUGGAUUGUCUGGUCGUCACCGCAAUUCAAAGAUCAGGAUGGAGGAUGGCAUUCAUGGUGUGCUCCUGCAUCACAUGACUUCCAAUGAACUACCCCCAAUUACUUUUGCGAUUGCAGCAGAAGAGACAGAUGUUGUUCAUGUCUCAGAGUGCCCUUGCUUUGUGAUAUCUGGAAACUCCCCUGGUUUCACUGCAAAAGACAUGUGGCAUGAAAUAAAAGAGCAUGGAUCCUUUGAUCGCCACAAUUCCACUGAAAUGUCAAUGCCUUCAGAACCAGGAUCUUCUGUUGGGGCAGCCAUUGCAGCUUCUCUAACAAUUCCAUCAGAUGCAGUACAGACUGUCACAUUUUCAUUGGCAUGGGACGGCCCUCAAGUAAACUUUACGAGUGGAAGGACUUAUCACAGGCGUUACACCAAAUUUUAUGGUACUCAUGGGGAUGCUGCAGCAAAUAUUGCGCAUGAUGCUAUUCUUGAGCACAGUCAUUGGGAGUCCCAGAUAGAAGCUUGGCAAAGGCCUGUUCUUGAAGACAGGAGGCUUCCGGAAUGGUACCCAAUCACUCUCUUCAAUGAGCUCUACUAUCUUAAUUCAGGGGGAACAGUUUGGACAGACGGAUCACCUCCAGCACACAGUUUAGCAACCAUUGCUGAAAGAAAGUUUUCUCUUGAUAGGUCCAAUUUAGAUGUUAAAAACACUAUCAAUGUAUUCCGUCAAAAUGAAACUUCUGUUGAAAUUCUUGAAAGGGUGACUUCAAUACUUGAGGAGGUGUACACUCCGAUAUCACUAAAUUCUGCUUUUGGAACAAAUCUGCUUCAAAAGGGAGAGGAAAACAUUGGUCAAUUCCUCUACUUUGAAGGGAUUGAGUAUAACAUGUGGAACACAUAUGAUGUUCAUUUUUACGCAUCUUUUGCACUAACUAUGCUAUUCCCACAACUGGAACUCAGCAUCCAAAGAGACUUUGCUGCAGCGGUAAUGAUGCAUGAUCCGAGGAAGAUGAAACUUCUACAUACUGGAACAUGGGCCUCACGGAAAGUUCUUGGUGCUGUUCCUCAUGAUAUUGGAAUGGAUGACCCAUGGUUUGAAGUAAAUUCAUAUUGUGUUUAUAAUACAGAUAGGUGGAAAGAUUUGAAUCCAAAAUUUGUUCUGCAAGUCUACAGGGACGUGGUUGCCACAGGUGAUAAGAAAUUUGCACAAGCUGUUUGGCCUUCAGUUUAUGUUGCAAUGGCUUUUAUGGACCAGUUUGAUAGGGAUGGGGAUGGGAUGAUAGAAAAUGACGGCUUUCCUGAUCAGACAUAUGAUACAUGGUCUGUCUCUGGUGUGAGUGCGUACUGUGGUGGGCUAUGGGUGGCAGCAUUGCAGGCUGCUUCAGCUAUGGCAAAUGUAGUUGGAGACAAGGGGUCUGAGGAUUACUUUUGGUUUAAGUUUCAGAAGGCAAAGACUGUAUAUGAGAAGCUAUGGAAUGGUUCUUACUUUAACUAUGACAGUAGUGGUGGUUGUUCGAGUUCAUCCAUUCAAGCGGAUCAGCUGGCUGGGCAAUGGUAUGCUCGAGCUUGUGGUCUCCUACCAAUUGUUGAUGAAGAAAAAGUGAAAAUUGCACUUGAAAAGGUUUAUAAUUUCAAUGUCUUAAAGGUGAAGGAUGGGAGACGGGGGGCUGUGAACGGGAUGCUGCCUGAUGGAAAACCUGACAUGUCAUCAGUGCAGUCAAGGGAAAUAUGGGCCGGAGUUACAUAUGCUGUCGCUGCAGGUAUGAUUCAUGAGGACAUGGUGGAAAUGGCAUUUCAAACUGCAAGUGGAGUCUAUGAAGCUGCUUGGUCCAAAAAAGGACUUGGGUAUUCAUUUCAAACUCCAGAGGGUUGGAACACGGAUGACCAGUACAGAUCUCUAUGCUACAUGCGCCCUCUGGCCAUAUGGGCAAUGCAAUGGGCAUUAACGCAACCAAAACUUUGCAAGCAGGAGAUGAAGCCAGAAGUAAAGGAAGAUUCUUUGUUCAGGCACCAUGCUGGAUUCUCAAGAGUUGCUCACCUUCUUAAGCUGCCGGAAGAGGAACGUUCGAGAAGUCUUUUGCAGGUUAUUCAUGACUAUACUUGUAGAAGAAGGUGAUUAUGAGAGAAGUUUCUAUCUAUCAAAAAUUUGAAUUUCCAAGAUGGGAAAAAUCAAAUACCGUACAUGAUGUUGGUUCAUCAUUCAAAAUAAAAAUAAAAAUAAAAACUUGAGAAACUGCGUGUUGGUUCAUCAUUCAAAAUAAAAAUAAAAACUUGAAAAACUGCGUGUAAGAAAAUUUUAUUUAACCAAACUAUUUGAAUAUUGAAAUGUAUGUAUGAUGGAUUAAAUA